GUGAUGACGAGGGUGUAGACCAGUACAAGAAGGGUGGCUACCACGUUGUGAACAUCGGGGAGGUUUACAACAGCCGCUACCGGGUCGUCGCGAAGCUGGGCUGGGGCCACUUCUCGACCGUAUGGCUGUGCGAGGACACCAGUUUCGGGCGCUACGUAGCCAUGAAGGUGCAGAAGAGCGCACCACAUUACACCGAGGCUGCCUACGACGAGAUCAAGCUGCUGUGGGAGGCGGCCAAGCGGGGCAACUCGCCAGAGUGGGAGGCCUCCCAGCAGGGGCCCAUCCUGAGGGAGCUGCUGCCGACGAGCCCCUUCACGGGUGUCGUGACACUGAUCGACUACUUCACGCACUACGGGCCGAACGGCCAGCACGUGUGCAUGAUCUUCGAGACCAUGGGCCCCAAUGUCUUGGCGCUCAUCAAGCGGUUCAGCUUCAAGGGCAUCCCGCUGGACAUCGUGAGGAAGGUGGCCGCGCACACGCUCAUCGGCCUGGACUACCUGCACCGAGUCUGUGGCAUCAUCCAUACAGACUUGAAGCCUGAGAACGUGCUCGUCUCGUGCCCCAGGGGUGUGCCGGUGAACAAGCAGGGCGUCCCCCUCGUCGGGCACGUCGACCCUGGGGUGCGCGCC